UUUUCCCAUUCACGCACAUCCACCCGCCGCCACGCAUCGCACAAACGCGCUCCCGGUCCGAAAGGCAAACCAGCCACCAGUCCCACCACCACCACCCUCUGUCUUCGCCUCCGCUGCCGAUUCGAAAGCACCCGUCCUGUCCCCUCGCAAAACCCUAGCUCCAGCCACCAUGAAGGGCAAGGCUGACACCUCCAAGAAGGACGAGGGCAGGCUCCGGGCGGGCGGCGCCGCCGGAAAGCGCAAGAAGGCCGCCGCGAGCGGCAAGCCCAAGCGCCCGCCCUCCGCCUUCUUCGUCUUCAUGUCUGAAUUCAGGCAGGAGUAUCAGGCGCUGCACCCUGGCAACAAGAGCGUUGCGACCGUGAGCAAGGCAGCAGGGGAAAAGUGGCGUGCUAUGUCAGAUCAAGAGAAGCAACCAUAUGUGGACCAAGCUGGACAGAAGAAGCAGGACUAUGAGAAGACUAAGGCAAACUUUGAUAAGAAGGAGAGCACAAGCUCAAAGAAGGCUAAGACUGAGGAUGAGGAUGGCUCGAAGUCAGAGGUUGAUGACGAGGAUGGCAGCAGUGACGAGGAAAACGAUGACGAUGAGUAAACAGUCUCCAAGGUCACGAGGUAGCAAAUCGAGUGUUAGGUCCCCAAUUAGCUUACUGUUUUGCUGCCUUUAAAUGUUAAGUUGUUUCAAACAGGUGUUUAUGAAGGGGAUCUAUUAGUUUCGCGAUGUCGUUAGUUUAGUGCAUUAGCAAAGAAAAAGCCGAAUGCUGCUAGCUGUUCUGUUGCUUUUCUUUUGCUAACCACUUGUGUCACAACUUUCUGUACCUGCUUCAUUGAUUAAUCUAGUGACUAGUCAGUUAUUGGUUCAAUAUUUGGUCUUGGUUUUAUAUAUUUCUGUGUUGCAUUCUGUUUGCCCUACGGAAGUUGAGGUGAUUCGUUCCUUAUGAAUGGUCAAUAGCUGCUUCUGACUCUUCGGUGAAUUUGUGACUCGGUU